AUGUGCCCUGACAGGGGGCUGAUGAUGUGCUUACAGGCCGUGGUCUGCUCUUUGUCCAGCAGAUUCAUUGGGCUCAUUAUGUCCUUGACACUUCGUUACCUUACCUGUCAGGUACUCGCCGACGGGGUGUCGCCAGACACCGCCCCUGCAGUGCACAUCGUGCUGUUGACCUCACCCAAGAAAACGACCAUGAAGGAGAUGAGGAAGGCAGUAGCUGUGACUUGGUACAUGCCUUUCUGGGAGCUUAAGGAGCUGCUUGACUGCCGCAGCAAGAUGUAUAGUGCAGUGCCAGAGGCGACUGUGGAGGAACUCUACACUUACUAUGGCGGUGUAGCACGGUAUGUGCUUGAGCAGCCGUUGAAGAACCCCAACUGGAUGUUGUCUAAGCUGCAGGAGCCACUGAUCAGCACCAUAGAUGCAAGCAACGUUUCUCAGGUGUUAAAGGGCUACCUCUUUGAGGCAGUCAUGCAUGCUGCACUGGCGACUGGCGGCAAGUUCGAUGUGUUGCCAUUGGACCCGAAGACUCUGGAGCGGGGCAAGGAGGAGAAGCUGGAUAUCCCGGAAUGCAAGCAGUAUAACAUCUUCACAGACAAUGAGGUCCAUGGUAUGAUGAGCACUAAGAUGGACACAUACUUGAGGCCCAAGUCCUCCAACUUCCCCGUCAUUGAUGCUCUUAUGGUGCUGGCAAUGUACCUUUUCCAGAUGACUGUGUCGGCUAUGAAGGAAAUUAAUGCUGAUGACCUCGAAGACGUGUUCAAGCGACUCGGCAUCUCUGCUCCGGGCCAGGAGGGCCGCCAACCCAGCCUUUACUUUGUGGUGGAUCCUAGCAUCUACAACAAGUUUAAGCAGUUGCUCACCCUGGCGGGUCGACUGGAUAAGCGGAAACCUGGUGUUGGCUGUCCUCGCCGGAGUAGGAAUAAGUCCAACCCAGCGGCAAGCACUAGCGUACAUAGACAUGGUAUGAAACAAUCAGAGACGGCGGCAGUGGAGUCUUGA